AUGGGGAUGUUUCUAUCAUUCACCCCCACCCCCCUCAAAAUCUACUACCCGCAUCACCCGUUUCCCUCCUCCGUCUCUUUUUUUUUUUGGUGUGAUCUACUUGAGAUCUCUGCACUGAACGAUUCUAGGAAAGUACUACGACGUUUACAACGGUCUUUUGAGUCCCUCGACUCAGAAAUCUUUGUGGAGAUUGUACCCGGUUACCUCUCGGCUCCUCGCGGCUUGCCUGACUUUGUCCUUUCCUUCCGCCUUCCACCUUACAGCCGUCCACCUUCCUCCAAUUCCUCACGGCCACUCGGUGACUCUUUGAUCAAGAUUUACUCUUCGUCAUCCCAACUUCUAGAAAACCCCCGUCGACCCAUCCCCAUCUCCUCUUCUACAUACAAGUUGCGGUGA